AUGCUUUGCGCGUUUCCGGCGCAGGCAUUUGCAUCAUGUGACAUCAAUGAUUUUGUUCAAAUUAAUAACACAGACAUCGUUCUGAACCUUGAAGCGAUUUGCAGUUGCAACGGUUACAGCAAAGAUCCUGAAGUUGAAACAAUAAAAUACAAAUUAAAGUAUUCAUGGGCUUAUGUAGAACGAACAAGAAUAUCUACGGAAAUAGACGCCGCAUGCCGGACCGUAGGGUAUCACAAAAGUGAGGAACUAGCCGAUACCAGAUCGCCAAUUAUGCUGCUGCUUAAUGAAACUUCCGAAACAACAGCUUUUAGUGGAAAAAUAACAGAAAAGAUGUCAAACGACACUUCCGCAACACCAGCUACUAGUGAAAACACAACAGCAGCGAUGUUAACCCAUACUACUGAAACAUCAGCUAUUAGUACAACGAGAACUAAAAUGAUGUCAAACGACACUUCCGGAACAUCAGUUAUUAGUGGAAAGUCAACAGAAAAGAUGUCAAACGACACUUCCGUAACACCAGCUACCAGUGAAAAUACAACAGCGGCAAUGUUAAACGACACUUCUGAAACACCGGCUUUUAGUACAGAGACAACUAAAAAAGUAUCCAACGUCACUUCCGCAAGACUGGCUAUUAGUGGAGAGCCAACAGAAAAGAUGUCAAACGACACUUCCGUAACACCAGCUACCAGUGAAAAUACAACAGCGGCAAUGUUAAACGACACUUCUGAAACACCGGCUUUUAGUACAGAGACAACUAAAAAAGUAUCCAACGUCACUUCCGCAAGACUGGCUAUUAGUGGAGAGCCAACAGAAAAGAUGUCAAACGACACUUCCGUAACACCAGCUACCAGUGAAAAUACAACAGCGGCAAUGUUAAACGACACUUCUGAAACACCGGCUUUUAGUACAGAGACAACUAAAAAAGUAUCCAACGUCACUUCCGCAAGACUGGCUAUUAGUGGAGAGCCAACAGAAAAGAUGUCAAACGACACUUCCGUAACACCAGCUACCAGUGAAAAUACAACAGCGGCAAUGUUAAACGACACUUCUGAAACACCGGCUAUUAGUACAACGAUAACUGAAAAGAUGGCAAACGAAACUUCCAUAACAACUACUAGAAAGCCAACUAAAGAGAAGGCAUCAACAGAGAGUUUGGGCACGUCAGACAAAUUGGAACCUGAAGAACAUUCUGAAGCGGGUUCAUCUAAUACUGGAAUGAUUUUAAUAAUUCUCUUCUCGUCCCUUGGAGCCGGUAUUGUGUUGGCAAUGUUGACCAAAUUGUUUUACACGAAAUACAAGGCAAAAUCAUACGCUGUCGACAACAGGCGCAACAUCGAGAUGCAAAAUAAUGGAGCGUAACACUAAUUUGUUGAUUUGAUGUAUAUUGUAAUAAUAUAAAACAGUUUUUUUUGUUUAUGUUCAUCUAUAUGUGCCCAAAAACUUUCAUUUUUUUUAAGUUUCCAAGGCUGAUGAUAAAUGAGGAUAUAAAUUAUAAUAGGUUAAUGACUAUAAAAAAAAGUUUACGUUAAGUUUUGGUUGCCACGUUUGUAAUUAUUUUCGUAAGAAGGGUACCUUGCCCAAUAAAACUACCAUCAUCUUUCCGUUGUU